AUGGCAUCAUCGCUGCGUAAAUUCACUCUCGUCUUCUACGUCCCGCCCGCCAACGCAGCAGCAUGCAAGGCCGCCAUCUUCAAAGCCGGUGCAGGCCGCUACCCGGGUCCCGGCGGCUACACUGAGUGCGCGUGGCAAACAUCCGGUACUGGACAGUUCAGACCGGGUGAUGCGGCGAACCCGGCUAUUGGCAAGGUAGGAGAGUUGGAGGAAACACCGGAAGUUAGGGUUGAGACUUUGAUUGUUGGUGAGGAUACUACCAGAAAUGCCGUAGCUGCGCUUAAAAAGGCGCACCCGUAUGAAGAGGUUCCUUAUCAGGUUUAUCGAGUAGAGGACUUUUAA